AUGGCUCGCACCUCCUCGCAGUCGCAGUCCUCCGUGGCCGGCGCCGCCGGCGCCUCCCGCCCGGCCACCGUCGGUCCCCGCGGCACGGCCGCCGCGACGGCGGGCAUGCGCCGCCGUCCAGGCCGCACCUCCUCCUCCUCCGGCGCGGGCGGCGGCGGCGGCUUCUCCGGUGGUGGGAACAACAUGCUCCGCUUCUACACCGAUGAGGCGCCCGGGCUGCGCCUCUCCCCCACCAUGGUGCUCGUCAUGUCCGUCUGCUUCAUCGGCUUCGUUACCGCGCUGCACGUCUUCGGCAAGCUCUACCGCUCCCGCACCGCCGCCUCCUCCGCCUCCGCCUGA